UACUGUAUGGCAGUUUCCUAUAAAAAUACAAUUUCCAUUUGAAUACACACAAUCGCCGAUGGUUGAAUUUCUCGUUAUAGCAGUAUCUUUACAUGUGAUAUUACAUGUUUGCAUGAUUAGUAUUCUGAAUGGAUUUAUCUUUACUUUGGUGCUCCAUCUAAGCGGCCAAGUUGAUAUAAUAUGUCAAGAGUUUGAAAAUAUUUCCAAGCAUAUUCUUCUUCAUAGAUUUUCUAUACCUUCAUUUGGCAUACUGAUUGAGAAGCAUAAUAAAGUCAUUUCAUUUUCCGAAAACAUCGAACAACUAUUUUCUUUUAUCGGAUUAAUGCAGGUUGUUUGGAUUACUUUAGUUAUUUGCUGUCUUGGAUUUGUCUUGAUAAUUUCUAUUCACAAUAAAACUGGUGUUUUCGCAUUAGUGAAAACCAUGAUUGCUUAUCUUGCCAUAGCAAUGGAAGUUUUUAUGAUUUGCUUUUCCGGAGAAUAUCUUAGCUCUAAAGGCAAAUCAAUUGCCAGGGCAACAUACGAGACGCCUUGGUAUGAUAUGCCGUCAAAUCAGAGUAAAAUUUUAAUAUUUAUAAUGAUGAGAUCGCAAAAGCGACUAGCAAUCACGGCGGGGAAGAUGAUGGAUAUGUCAUUUGAAACUUUUACAAGU